UGUUUCUGCCCCCAAAUCUGCCUAACAUCAUGUCGUUUACCUCGAACCCUAAUAGCCCCCCAACUGAUGGGUCCAAAAUGAUGGGUUCAUGCGCAAAUUCAAAGUCCUCGCCGGCCCUCCACACCCCGGCCGCUCCACGGCGGCGAUGGCGAUACGGCGUAUACUUGCACUAGGGGCCGAUGGACCCCCAGCGCGGCACCGUGAGCUGCCGAGGCUUGCACAAAAGCCGCGUUCAUUUCAUAAUUUCAACUACAAGCGGCCGAUCCUUUACGAUCACCUGCCUAAAACACGGGACCCCUUGUCAGGGGACCACCAACCACGUUGGCGGUUGGUCAUCAACAGCCCGUACGAAGUACCCAUUUCUCUCCGAUCCCGACGAUGUGGAUAGAGUGGGACGGGGCGAGACAGUGUUACAGUCCGACUGGCUGCUUGCGUAUGGAGUAAAGAGAAGAACAAGUCGAGAAGGACAGAAAAGGAGGGAACAAUAUCACUGGAACAGCCAACAUCCCGCACCAACUGCGUUUCGGCCUUCUACUGACAGCGGAGCUAACCCACCGCCUGGACACUGCCAGGCAAUGGAUGCCAUCGUCCCAUACGGACACAAUAUUCUGCACGUCGAUAGAAUUGUCAGAGACUAAGGGGAGAAAAGUCUGGAGGAGGAAACCCGAAUGCGAGUCCGACCCGUACGGAAACACAUACUGCUUUCUGCUUUCCUCACGCAGAUGAGAAAAGCAUUUACGACGCGUCCCACCCAAGGCCUGGCCCUGGGUCUCGACCAUUGUACAAGCUUCCCAUGUUGGGCAGUCUACUUUGACGGCAGUCGAUCAUGUCCACCACUGAAAGUCAACGGAAACUUUCGUCCAGGC